AUGUACAGAAGUGUAGUGAGCACCGUGAGUGCUUUACGUACCGCCGGCCGUGUCGGUGUGUUGAAGUUCCGUCCUGCCUUGACCAGAGGAUACGCAGCCUUUGACCGUUCCAAGCCCCAUGUGAACAUUGGUACCAUUGGUCACGUCGAUCACGGUAAAACGACCUUGACUGCUGCCAUCACCAAGGUUUUGUCGGAAAAGGGUGGUGCCAACUUCUUGGACUACUCUUCCAUUGACAGAGCUCCUGAAGAAAGGGCCAGAGGUAUCACUAUCUCCACUGCCCACGUUGAAUACGAGACUGACAAGAGACACUAUGCCCAUGUUGACUGUCCAGGUCACGCCGAUUACAUCAAGAACAUGAUUACUGGUGCCGCCCAGAUGGACGGUGCUAUCAUUGUCGUUGCUGCCACUGACGGCCAGAUGCCUCAGACCAGAGAGCACUUGUUGUUGGCCAGACAAGUUGGUGUGCAAGAAUUGGUUGUGUUUGUUAACAAGGUUGAUACCAUUGACGAUCCUGAGAUGUUGGAGUUGGUUGAAAUGGAAAUGAGAGAAUUAUUGUCCACCUACGGUUUCGACGGUGACAACACCCCAGUUAUCAUGGGUUCUGCCCUUUGCGCCUUAGAAGGUAAGCAACCAGAAAUCGGUAAGGAAGCCAUUGACAAGUUGUUGGAUGCUGUCGAUGAACAUAUCCCUACCCCAACUCGUGACUUGGAACAACCUUUCCUUUUGCCUGUUGAAGAUGUCUUCUCCAUCUCUGGUAGAGGUACUGUUGUGACUGGUAGAGUCGAAAGAGGUGUGUUGAAAAAGGGUGAAGAAAUCGAAAUCGUCGGUAACUUCGACAAGCCAUUCAAGACCACUGUUACUGGUAUCGAAAUGUUCAAGAAGGAAUUGGACUCAGCUUUAGCUGGUGACAACUGUGGUGUCUUGUUGAGAGGUGUUAAGAGAGACGAAGUCAAGAGAGGUAUGGUGUUGGCCAAGCCAGGCACCGUCACUUCGCACAAGAAGUUCUUGGCCUCUUUGUAUGUUUUGACCACUGAAGAGGGUGGCCGUCACUCUCCUUUCGGUGAAAACUACAAGCCUCAAGCUUUCUUCAGAACCACCGACGUCACAUGCUCCUUCUCUUUCCCAGAGGGUGAAGGUGUUGACCACUCUCAGAUGGUCAUGCCAGGUGACAACAUCGAAAUGGUUGGCGAGUUGAUUAAGGCUACUCCAAUCGAAGUCAACCAACGUUUCAACAUCAGAGAAGGUGGUAAGACCGUUGGUACUGGUUUGAUCACCAGAAUCCUCGAGUAGGCUACUAGUUGUAUAUUUAGUGGUUGAGGCUCUUGUAUAUAGAGUAUGAAUUGAAAGCAGUGUAUAU